UGAAGGCAGACUCUGUGUCUUCUCCGCUCUUUCCACACGGCGCUCCGCAUGGCGAUGAGAUCUUUGACAUCAGCAUACCAGCCCAGAUAAACCUACAGUUUAACAUCUCCUUUCUCGACCACAGAUACAGUACUUUAAUUGUUUCUCCCGAUGGCACCGUUGCAUUUGAAAACAAUAAAGAAGUUGCAUACGACGAAAGCAAGAAAUAUUUUGGGGGUGUCAGGAUCCCUUCAAGCGAUGUCCCUUUCAUCGCACCCCUGCUGUACAAGGGUUACCGGCCCCAAAAUAUCGCUCCCAGCGAUUACCAAGGAACAAUCAGCUAUAGGGUUGUGGACACCAGAGGCUCGGCUAGUCCAGCCAGUCAGGAAGAUCUGCAGCUCAUUCAAGACUUGAACUUGUACCUACCAACGACUGUGGUGAAUGCCCCAGAGAACUUUGACCUGAAGUUUCUAAUUGUGAUCACAUGGGAGAACGUUGCAGAGGGACCGGAGAUAUUCGGUCAAAAGGAGUGCAGGAAAACUCAGCCAUGUAAUAGCACCACGUUCCAGCUGGCACUGGCCGGAAAUGACAGUUACACGUUCGCCAUCUUCAACUACGGAAACUACAACAUAUCAGUGAAACCCAACUAUGAGGCAGGCAUCAAUGCCGGCAAAGGACGAGGGUGGUACAACGUGCUGCCUUGCCAUGGCUCCGAGGGAUGCACAGCCAUCAACCCGGCCGCCGACAUCAGCAAUUUGUCCAACAUCCAGGGCAGCGACCUCUUUGGGCGUUAUAUCUUCAGCGUGGGACAGGAAGCGGUCAUCAGAGGCGGAUGUUUGUCCAAAGAAUUAGUUCAAG